CCGGUGUCCAUCCGUGCUUCAGUAAGGUCACUGCUGUCAUUCGGUGUCUUACUAGCCGUCAGCCGAAGGAGGCAGAGGAUCCCCAGCGAGGAAGGUACAGGAAAGAACCAGCAAAACCAGCAACAUGUCUCUGUCUAACAAACUCACCCUGGACAAGGUGGACGUCAAGGGGAAGCGCGUCAUUAUGAGGGUUGACUUCAACGUUCCCAUGAAGGACAAGCAUAUCACAAACAACCAGAGGAUCAAGGCGGCCGUUCCCAGCAUCAAACACUGCCUGGACCACGGGGCCAAGUCCGUUGUGCUGAUGAGCCACCUGGGCCGUCCUGAUGGAAACUUUGUGCCUGAUAAAUACUCCCUGGAGCCCGUUGCUGCUGAGCUCAAGACUCUGCUGGGAAAGGACAUCACCUUCAUGAAGGACUGUGUGGGUGCAGAGGUGGAAGCUGCCUGUGCUAACCCCGCCGUGGGAUCCGUCAUCCUGCUGGAGAACCUCCGCUUCCACGUCGCCGAGGAGGGAAAAGGCAAGGACGCCUCUGGAAACAAGACCAAGGCCUCCCAGCAGGAGAUUGACUCCUUCAGGGCGUCUCUGUCCAAACUGGGAGAUGUUUACAUUAACGAUGCCUUCGGCACAGCUCACAGAGCCCACAGCUCCAUGGUGGGAGUGAAUCUGUCUCAGAAGGCAGCUGGUUUCCUGAUGAAGAAGGAGCUCGACUACUUUGCCAUGGCUCUGGAGAAGCCUCAGAAGCCCUUCCUGGCCAUCCUCGGAGGAGCCAAGGUGAAAGAUAAGAUCCAGCUGAUCAACAACAUGUUGGAUAAGGUUAAUGAGAUGAUCAUCGGCGGCGGCAUGGCCUUCACCUUCCUCAAAGUCCUCAACAACAUGGAGAUUGGUACCUCUCUCUACGAUGAGGAGGGUGCUGGCAUCGUCAAAGACCUGAUGGCCAAAGCCGAGAAGAACGGCGUCAAGAUCACACUGCCCGUCGACUUCAUCACCGCUGACAAGUUUGAUGAGAAAGCCACCACCGGCACCGCCACCGUCGCUGCUGGCAUCCCUGCCGGCUGGAUGGGUUUGGACUGUGGACCAGAGAGCUCUAAGGCCUUUGGAGAGGCGGUGGGCAGGGCCAAGCAGAUCGUGUGGAACGGCCCAGUCGGUGUGUUUGAGUGGGACCACUUUGCCAAAGGGACAAAGAACCUGAUGGACAAAGUGGUCGAGGUGACCAAAACAGGGUGCAUCACAAUCAUUGGUGGGGGUGACACUGCCACCUGCUGCGCCAAGUGGAACACAGAAGACAAGGUCAGCCAUGUCAGCACAGGAGGCGGCGCCAGUCUGGAGCUGCUGGAGGGUAAAGUCCUGCCUGGCGUGGACGCCCUCAGCAGUGUCUAAACUUCCUAUCAGCCCGCUGGUGUGUGUGUCUGUAUGUGUGUGUGUGAGUGAGUGUGAGUGUAUGAGAGGUGGGUAGCUACUCAGCCAGAAACUCCUGAAACCUUUCCACCCUGCAAAAAAAAAACCCACAACUGCUUUAUCAGCCAUGUCAUCUUGUAUUCAGGCUUUGUUUUUAAAGUAAUGCCAGUUGUGAUUCACAGGGGAUAAUUUCCAUUUCUAUCGAUGCUGUCUGUAACAAGUAGAGCCUUCUGCCUUACUUUAACCUGCUGAUAAAACUCUUCAAGUCAAA